UUGCAGCAGUUGGCGGUGCAGUACUGCCGCAGCCCUGAGGGGACAGCAGUGACGUCCAGGACACUGCUGCCGUCGAAGAAGAAAAUGCGGAAGAGGUUAUGAAACACGAUGAGCUCAGUCGUCGAAGCGUGGUUUAUCAUCUAGAAAGUUCCAGCUGAAGACAACACAGAACGAGUAGAGACAGUGCGUUUAACAGUUUGUGUUUUUAGCGAAACGUAUUCGGGCUCCGAAAUGUCUGCCAUUACCCAGGAGAAUGUGCGCGGCGGGAGUGUUUUCAAGGAUAUCAGCGCCGAUGACGAAGACGUGCAGCCGACGGAGAUCGAGAGCCUGUGUAUGAACUGCUACCAGAACGGUACGACCCGUUUGCUUCUGACCAGGAUACCGUUCUUUAAAGAAAUAAUAGUCAGCUCUUUCAGCUGUGGAAACUGCGGCUUCUCCAACACUGAAAUUCAGUCUGCAGGCCGGAUACAGGACCAAGGCGUUUGUUAUACGCUGAAAGUCAAAAGGAAACAGGAUUUAGACCGGGAGGUCGUGAAAGCAGAGAGUGCAACCACCCGGAUCCCCGAGCUGGAUUUUGAAAUCCCACCCUUCACCCAGAAAGGCUCACUUUCUACUGUUGAGGGACUUUUAGACCGAGCAGUUUCAGGGUUGGAGCAAGACCAACCCGUCAGACGAGCGAAUGACCCUAAGGUUGCUGAGAUGAUAGAUGACUUCAUCCAGAAGCUGAGGAAGCUAAAAGAUGUUGAAAAUGAAUUCACUCUGGUGAUAGAGGAUCCGUCAGGCAACAGUUAUGUAGAGAAUCCAGUUGCCCCUCAGAAGGAUGAGAAUCUCACUAUCUCCCACUUCAAGCGGACAGCCCAGCAGGACGUGCAGCUGGGAAUCAGACCUGAUGAUGACCAGGAUGAGGAGCCAGCAGGCAGUGACCUGCAGACCAUGAGAAAUGAAGUGCUGGUCUUCAACACCAACUGCCCAGAAUGCAAUGCGCCAGCUGCCACCAACAUGAAGCUUGUCCAGAUCCCUCACUUCAAGGAGGUCAUCAUCAUGGCCACUAACUGCGACAGCUGUGGCCACCGGACCAAUGAGGUGAAGUCAGGUGGAGCCACGGAGGAGCUUGGCACUAGGAUCACCCUGCACAUCACCGACCCUUCAGACGUAACGCGAGAUGUACUCAAGUCAGAGACAUGUGCUGUCAUAAUCCCAGAGCUGGAGUUUGAGUUGGGGAUGGGAGCUCUGGGGGGAAAGUUCACCACUGUGGAGGGGCUGCUGAGCGACAUCAAAGACCUGAUCGUGGGCAAAAACCCCUUUGUCCACGGGGACAGCUGCAGCACAGAUCGGGUACAGAAGCUGAAAGAGUUUGGAGAGAAAUUGGACAAAAUUAUCGCAGGAGAACUGAAUGCCCACAUUAUCCUGGAUGACCCAGUGGGAAAUAGCUAUCUGCAGAAUGUGUACGCCCCAGAGGCAGAUCCUGAGAUGACUGUCGAGAAGUACACCCGCUCAUUUGAGCAGAAUGAAGAGCUCGGUCUGAAUGACAUGAGGACUGAAGGAUAUCAAGAGAAAAACUGAACAACUAGAUUAUUCUGAACAGACUUGAUGAGUCAGUAGUUUCUGUUUUGCCCUAAGACCUGUGUAAUAUUGCCUCAUAUUUCAAUACAUUUUAAGUUUAAGCACUGGGUGCAUGGUUGUUUCCAUAAGUCACUUGAUUUGUAUAGUAGUAAGAAAGAGAUGCUUCUGUUAUUGAAGUUCAGUUAUGCAUUCUUGUGACAUCCCAGAAGAUGGCGCUCUGUAGUAGCUGAAUAAAAGGAUUUUUUUAAGCCGGUGAACCACA